AUGUCUAUCAAAGUCGGUAUCAACGGAUUCGGACGCAUCGGUCGUCUCGUUCUCCGCGCUGCUCUUGCCAACAAGAACGUCAAGGUCGUUGCCAUCAACGAUCCCUUCAUCGAUCUUGACUACAUGGUCUACAUGUUCAAGUACGACUCCACCCACGGUCGCUACAAGGGCACCGUUGAGGCCAAGGAUGGUCACUUGGUCGUCGAUGGCCACAACAUCGUUGUUUACAACAGCUUGAAGCCCGAGGAGAUCAAGUGGGGUGCUGCUGAGGCCGAGUACGUCGUCGAGUCGACCGGUGUCUUCACCACCAUCGAGAAGGCCUCCCUCCACUUGAAGGGCGGUGCCAAGAAGGUCGUCAUCUCUGCCCCCUCUGCUGACGCCCCCAUGUUCGUCUGCGGAGUCAACCUGGAUUCCUACAAGACCGAGUACAACGUUGUCUCGAACGCCUCCUGCACCACCAACUGCUUGGCCCCCCUCGCCAAGAUCAUCCACGACAACUUCGGCAUCACCGAGGCCUUGAUGACCACCGUCCAUGCCACCACCGCCACCCAGAAGACCGUUGACGGACCCUCGGGCAAGGACUGGCGCGGCGGCCGUGGUGCCGGUGCCAACAUCAUCCCCUCCUCCACCGGUGCCGCCAAGGCUGUCGGUAAGGUCAUCCCCGAGUUGAACGGAAAGUUGACCGGUAUGGCCUUCCGUGUCCCUACCCCCGAUGUCUCCGUCGUCGAUUUGACCGCCCGCCUUGCUACCCCCGCCACCUACGAGCAGAUCAAGGCCGCCAUCAAGAAGGCCUCCGAGAACGAGAUGAAGGGCAUCAUGGGCUACACCGAGGAUGAGGUCGUCUCGACUGACUUCAUCGGUGACACCCACUCCUCCAUCUUCGAUGCCAAGGCCGGUAUUGCCUUGUCCGACACCUUCGUCAAGCUCAUCUCCUGGUACGAUAACGAGGUCGGUUACUCCAACCGUUGCGUCCAGUUGAUCGAGUACAUGUACUCCAAGGACCACUAA